UGCCAUAGCACGGGGUAUAUUUUGUAAUAUGAAAAAGCAACAAGUGGAUUUUUUUUUCGUUUUCUGAAACCUCAUUGCGUGAAUCACAACGUAUGGUAAAAGCCGUAUUGCGCAAGGUUUAAUGGGUUAAACCUAAAAAUGAAAAUAUCUCAAAAACCUGAUGUGCUUGAAAAAAUUUGACUUUUUUUUAUAUGUAAAAAAAAAAUCAUUUCAAGAGAUAUCAAGCCAUCUCUGCUUCAAUCCCGCUCUUGACUAAUUGUUUCUUGUGGUGCAGAUUUUAAAUGACAGUCAGAAAAAUUCCAUGCGAUCAUGGGAGGUGGUGAUGAAUUGAGACGUGAGGCUUAUCAUGCUUUCAGUUGGGUGGAACAGAGAGGUAGCGAAACAACAAAUCAAACCGCUCCUGUUUCGUUUUUGCCGCGUGUUGCGUUCGAGUGAGCAAGAGGUCAGGGAUCAGUGGAGUAGUAGGUGACCGGUGUGUUCAGCAAAGAGUACAUCCCUCAGGGUACCCGAUUCGGCCCCCUGCAAGGUGACAUCUACACCAAAGAAAAUGUCCCCAAACUGGCCAACCGAAAAUACUUCUGGAGGAUUUAUGGCAACGGGCACCUGCAGAACUUCAUCGAUGGCUAUGACGUCCGCAGGAGCAACUGGAUGCGUUACGUCAACCCGGCGCGAUCGCUGAGCGAGCAGAACCUGGUGGCGUGCCAAAACGGCCGAGACAUCUACUUCUACACAAUUCGGCCCGUGGAGCCCAAACAGGAGCUUCUGGUGUGGUACAGCCAAGAGUUUGCCCAGAGGUUGUGCACUCAGCAGGAAAAUACCAAACACAAAAGCGCAAACGCGGACGACGAGCUCGAGAACGCCCAACGGCACCUCGCUCGGCAGAUGUGGCCCGCGGAGAUGACCAAGGAAGAAGUGAAAGAGGAGAGGAAUGGCGAAGAAGUGGAUGUGGAGAUGUUGGGGAGAGACACCCCUCCGGAUACUCCCGAUGACCAAAUCAUGGACUUCAGCAAAAAGAUGGAAAAAGAGGAGAAGGUGGACAGGGAGCAGCAGGAUCCCGGCUUUGUUCCGUCGCCUCAGCUGGAACCGAGAGGGAUGAACGCGCCCCACCUGGCAGAGCACCUAUCCGAUGAACGGACUCUGCCCCUUCACCUCCAUGGCCUCUACGGCCACAGGGAAGGCCUGGUGUCCUCCUACCCCCCGGGGCUUUACCCUCAAUCCAGAACCCUCCAGUCCACCUACCAGCUCCUCCCUCCCUUCACCCCGCACUAUCCUCGCCUCCUCCUCCCUUCCUACUCCCCUCCGUUUCCCAGUAUGCUGCCUUCUCGAGGAUCCGUCCGGUACAGUGGCUACCUGGGCACGGACGGGAUCCCGUACCCUCCCCUCGGCGCCCCCCAUCUACUCCCAAUGAGCCUGCCAUACCCGCCGUCCCAGCAGGGUGGUCUGAAAGAACUCACCCCUAACGUGUCCCCACCGAGAGGCGCCCCGGCCACUCCCGAGCUCUCUCCCGUCCCCAAGCCGACGAGCCGGCUCCCCUCGCCGGAACGUACAUCCUCCGGCUGCGAGGAGGCAAUCAACCUCACCCUGGACAACGCCAAAGGCAACUCGGGGCUGCGCAAUCGUCCCGGCCACAAAUCUUUACCCUACCCUCUGAGAAAGCAGAACGGAAAAAUCAAGUAUGAAUGUAACAUCUGCUCAAAGACUUUCGGACAGCUAUCCAAUCUUAAGGUACACCUCCGAGUGCACAGCGGCGAGAGGCCUUUCCAGUGCAACUUGUGUAAGAAGAGUUUCACUCAGCUGGCUCAUCUACAGAAGCAUCACCUGGUUCAUACAGGGGAGAAGCCACAUGAGUGUCAGGUGUGUCAGAAGCGCUUCAGCAGCACCAGCAACUUGAAAACUCACCUUCGCCUCCAUUCUGGGGAAAAACCUUACCAGUGCAAACUGUGCAGCAUCAAGUUCACUCAAUACAUCCACCUGAAGCUGCACCGCCGGCUACACAGCAGCCGCGAACGCCCUCACCAGUGCCAGCUGUGCUCCCAGGCCUUCUACCACCGUUUCUCCCUCCGCCUACACCAACGCAGCCGCUGCCUGGCCAACUCCGACUCGGGCGUCGACGCGCACGUGACAGAAAUGCUGGAACGCUUCGAUGCCAGCCAGGAGGCCGACGCGUUGACGGAAACGCCGUCGGCGCCGCAGUUGGAGGAGGCCUUGGAACGGUGGCUCGCUCGCACCUUUGAAGGCGAGGGAAAGGAGGACCAGAAGGAGGCCGGCUUUCUGCUGAUCGCGCUCACCGCGGCGACCAACGCGCCCGUCGCACCGUCGGCGGAGCCCGUUUCCCGGCGCGGCGUUCCGGCGGCCUACCAGGAAAGAGCGAGCGUCGUCCACCUCCACAAGCGUUCGUCGACGGUGAAACUGGAGGGUCAGUGAGACGCAACCGAAGCAACCCGUGACGGGGGCAAAGGAGAUUUAAAGAUGUAUAGCACCACUAAUAGAGAAACCAAUGUCGCCAAAAGUAGCCUCUUGUUUUUGACUGAAGAAGAGAAACACAGCGGGAUUUGUAUUUUGUAUGUAUAUUUUGCAGCACCAAAAGAAGAGCAUUCCAAAGACUCCACUCAGUGAUAUUUUAUCAGACAUGAUAAAAAUGGCGUUUCCUUCCGACAAAUAAUCCCAAAAAGAAAAUUGGAGGGUUUUGUCCAACUGUGAAGUCAAUUCCUUCUACUCAGGUAGUUUUUGAACGUGUGGUUGUGUGUGUGAGUGGGUGUUAAUUUAUGAUUUUGUUUAUUUAUUUAGCUGUUUCUUUUAUUUUUUGGUAGAUCUUAAAACAACUCAGGAAUGAUGUACUGUAGUUCGUCACGCUUGCUUUACUUUAUGUUCAGCAUGCUGUUUGUCCAGGUGGUUAUUUAAUUAUAAUUUCGGGUUUUUAAAAAAAAAAAAUUAAAAUUCUCAUCGAAAUGAGCAUUUGCCAAAACAUCCGUACUGAAUCGCUCAAAAAAAACAAAAAAAAAAGGAAAUCCAGCCAAAAAUGGUGACAUUUGCGGAUGCACUGAUUUCUUUGUUGACUAUAAAAGUGAAGAAGAAAAAUAAACAAACCCUGCAGUUCAUCAGGUGUUUGUUAUAAUUUUCUAGGUUUCUUUUUUUUUUGUACGAGGUUUCACUCUGUAGGUUUUUUUUUUCCAAACAGGUUUGAGAUUGUCAGAAUUUAUAAGUGAAGAGACUAUUUUGAUUGUACUUUUAUAUGGUAGUGUAAUAAAGAUAUUGUUUCUACAAUA